AACACCCUGCGGGCGCUUCCAGGAGGGGUCUCGGAGCCCUGCUCCCGCAAGGUCCUGCCUGCGCGUCGGGAGCGGGGCAGCCAGCGCGCCGGGCUCCGCCAUGCCACCCCCCGGGACCCUGCUGCCGCUGCUGCUGCUCGCCCUGCAGCCCGCCCGCGCCUUCAACCUGGACGUAGCCGAGCCGGCGCUGUUCCGCGGAGCCCCGGGCAGCCUCUUCGGCUUCGCCGUGGAUUUCUACCUCCCGGAGCCUCAGAGUAGUAUCAGCAUCCUCGUUGGAGCUCCCAAGGCCAACACAAGCCAGCUCAACGUCACACAGGGCGGGGCUGUCUACUACUGUCCCUGGCACCAGGGCAACAGCAGCUGCACCCCGAUUGAAUUUGACCAGACAGGGUCCCGCCAACACGACUUCAGCGGGAAUGGCACCGAUGGGCUGACGCAGGUGGAGUUCAAAUCCCUGCAAUGGUUCGGAGCGACAGUGCGGUCCCACGGCAGCUCCAUCCUGGCCUGCGCCCCCCUGUACAGCUGGCGCACCCUCAAGGAUGAAUCUGGCCGAGACCCUGUUGGUACCUGCUACCUGUCUGUCAGCAACUUCACCAAGUUCGUGGAGUAUUCACCCUGCCGCUCAGAUCUGGACUCGGCGGAAGGGCAGGGUUACUGCCAGGGUGGCUUUAGCGCUGAGUUCACCAAGACGGGGCGAGUGCUUCUGGGAGGCCCUGGAAGCUAUUUCUGGCAAGGCCAGGUGAUCUCAGCCACGCAGGAGCAGAUCGAGGAGGCCUAUUACCCCGAGUAUUUAAUCCUGGGCACCCAGGGGCAGCUGCAGACACGCCAGGCUGCCCCCAUCUAUGACGACAGCUAUCUGGGGUAUUCUGUGGCCGUCGGUGAGUUCAGCGGGGAUUCUACCGAAGACUUUGUGGCUGGCGUUCCCAAGGGAAACUUGACCUACGGCUACGUCACUGUCCUGAAUGGAUCGGACAUGAAGUCCCUGUAUAACUUCUCUGGAGAGCAGAUGGCGGCCUACUUUGGCUACGCGGUGGCUGCUGCUGACGUGAACAGCGAUGGCCUGGACGACCUGCUGGUGAGUGCCCCGCUGUUCAUGGAGAAGACCGAGGACGGGCGGGUGCAGGAGGUGGGCAGAGUCUACAUCUACCUGCAGCAGCCCCGCGGCAUGGAGCCCAAUGCCUCCAUGGUGCUGACCGGGCACCAGGAGUUCGGCCGCUUUGGGAGCACCGUCGUCCCACUAGGAGACCUGGAUCAGGAUGGCUAUAAUGACAUUGGCAUCGGGGCGCCGUUCGGCGGGGAUGCGCAGCAGGGCGUGGUGUACGUUUACAAUGGACAGGCAGGUGGGGUGAACACCCAGCCUUCCCAGGUCCUGAAGGGGCACUGGCUGCCCAGCCGCUCGCCUGACUUCUUUGGGUUUGCCCUCCGCGGAGCCAAGGACCUGGACGGAAACGGCUACCCAGACCUGAUUGUGGGUGCAUUCGGAGUGGACACGGCCGUGGUGUACCGAGGCCGCCCCAUCGUCUACGCCAGCGCCUCCCUCAACAUCUUCCCCGCCAUGUUCAACCCUGAAGAGCGAUCCUGCACGCUGGAGGGCACCAACGCCCACGUGGCCUGCAUAAACCUGAGCUUCUGCCUCAACGCCUCGGGGAAGCACGUGCCCGACUCCAUCGGGUUCACUGUGGAGCUGCACCUGGACCACCUGAAGCAGAAGGGGGCCAUCAAGCGGGCGCUGUUCCUGCACUCCCGCCAGCCUCACCUGGCGCAGACCAUCAAGGUGCACAAUGGCGCCCUGGAGGAGUGCAGGGAGAUGAAAAUCUACCUCCGAAACGAGUCGGAGUUCCGCGACAAGCUGUCCUCCAUCCACGUGGCACUGAGCUUCGUCCUGGACCCACAGGCCCCGGCAGACGCCCACGGGCUGCAGCCCAUCCUCAACUACCUCACCAGGAGCUACAUCGAGCGGAAGGCCCAGAUCCAGCUGGACUGUGGCGAGGACAAUAUCUGCGUCCCCGACCUGCAGCUUGACGUCUUUGGGGAGCACAGCGUGGUGUACCUGGGUGACAAGAAUGCCCUGAACCUGACCUUCAACGCCCGCAACCGCGGGGAGGGUGGCGCCUACGAAGCCGAGCUCUACGUCAUCCUGCCCGCUGAGGCUGACUACUCUGGGGUGAUCCGCAACCAUGGGAACUUCACCAACCUGAGCUGCGCCUACGAGUCAGUGAACCGGACCCGCAUGGUGAUCUGUGACCUCGGCAACCCCAUGAAGUCGGGCACCAGUCUCUGGGGGGGCCUGCGCUUCACCGUCCCCCAUCUUCGUGAUAACAAGAAGACCAUCCAGUUCGAGUUCCAGAUCCGGAGCAAGAACGAGAACAACUCCCGCAGCGAGGUGGUGGCGUUCCCACUCCGCGUCGAGGCCUCCGCCAGGGUCUCCUCCCACGGGGUCUCCAAGCCUGAGGCCGUGUCCUUCCCCGUCUUGGGCUGGAAGCCUGGCAGAAAUCCAGAGAAGGAGCAGGAUGUGGGCCCCGAGGUGCAGCAUGUGUAUGAGCUGGUGAAUGAGGGUCCCAGCACCAUCAGCCAUGGGGUCCUGGAGCUGAGCUGCCCUGUGAGCUUCCAGGGGAAACCGGUGAUGUACGUGACCAGCUACUUGGUGCCGGCCAACUGCACCUCCAGCCAGCCUGUCAACCCGUUGAAGCUGCAGCUGGAGCAGAGACCCACCGCCUCUCCCACCUCGGAGCAGCAUUACCUGCAGAGACGAGACGCGGCGCGGAGCAGUGGGGCCUCCGGGAGCCCUCACACCCUGAAGUGCCCCGAGGCUGAGUGCUUCCAGCUGACCUGCCAGGUGGGGUUGCUGCAGAGGCAGCAGCGGGUCAGCCUGAAGCUCUACUUCCGGAUAUGGGCCAAAACUUUCCAGCAGAAAGAGAACCAGCCUCAGGCCCUGCAGUGCGAGGCCGUGUACCAGGUCCACAGGAUGCCCUACAAGAUCCAGCCCCAGGAUUACCCCAGCGAGGCCUUAAAGGUGUCCACGGCGAUUCAGUGGGCGAAACUGGAGAGCAGCCACGGGGUCCCGCUCUGGAUCAUCAUCCUGGCCAUCCUGCUCGGGCUGCUGCUGCUGGCACUGCUCAUCUACGUGCUGUACAAGCUGGGGUUUUUCAAACGCUCCCUGCCCUACGGCACGGCCAUGGAGAAGGCUCAGCUCAAGCCACAGGCGGCCUCAGAGGCAUAGCGGGGCCAGGGCCGCCCGGCUGCUCUGCGCAUCUGGGCUCUGUUUGUCUGUCUGUCUUGUUUGCUUUUUCUGGUGCGGCCGCCGCAGAGCAGCAUCGGGGAGGGGCGGCGCGGCCUGGCACAGCAAGAACGGGCUGCACCCAGCAAGCUUGCCAAUGGGGCAGAGACAGACCCAAGGAAGCCCCACCGUGGGGGGCCAUGAGGUGAGCCCCCAGGACUGCAGCAGCAACUGGAGAGCGCCCUGCCCGCUCUGUGCCUAUGGGGUGGCAUCUCUGCCUCCCCUCGGCGCCAGAGCCCGGCAGCCACCCACUGCCCUCUGCGGGCGCCCCGGCGGGUCAGAUGCUGAGGGCUGCGCUCUCCAGCCAUGGGCAAUACUUGAAGGCUGCCGGGAGGCCCUGCUGGGCUCUGCGGAGCCGUGGACUCCUCCCGCGGCCCAGCGUGAAAUGCCGUCCCUCUGUCCGACCGGCUGGUGUUGGCACAGGGUCAUGGAGUCUGAACUGGACAGUUUACAAGCUGCCCGUCCACUCAGACUUGCCGGAGCUAGGCUGGACAAGCACAAUCACCCCAUGCAGCCACCGCCAUGGAGCUGGGCAGGACUUCCUGCCUUCCCCAGCCCACUUCCUGUCUGAGGCAGCUCCCCCGAGGACAUGAUGGACACUUCCAGUCAGGGGUCCUCGGGGCCACUCUCAGCGAUGCCAAAGAUUGCAGCAUAGGAAGCCGAAGCCAUGGCCCGCCAGCUGUGCCUGCACCAGCCCUGAGCUCGCAGCCCGGCAAGGGGCUGCGGCCAGGAUUCUGGGCUCUAAUUUAAAGUCUCUCCAAGUGCAAUAAACCCUUCGACGUCA